CUCCGAGUCACGUGACCCGGGUUUCCAUCCUCGCCAUUUUGCAAUGUGGGGACACAGAAGCCGCGUUCUGACUGAGGAAUAAAACAAGUUGAGCUCGUGUAUGUGUUCACAUGUUUUUGUGUCAGGUCAUGGAAGACGUCAACAGUGUCGCUGUGCUUAUCGCCGCCACCGCCGCCUCCUCUUCCUCCUCCUCUCCGCCAUCCCAGAUCCAGCAAGCGGCGGAGGAGCAGGGCGCCGAGCCUCCUCAGCGAUUCCCGCACAAACAAGCUGCCAAUUCUCUCAUCCAGGUCAUAGAGAAGCUGAGUAAGAUUGUGGAGAAGCGACCGCAGCAGCACCGCUGCACCCUGACGGGACAGAAGGUCCAGCAGAGGGGAUGUGAGGGUGAGAGGGGCAACGUUGGAGAAGAAGAAAGAGGAAGAGGAUCGCCCUACAAGAAGGUCAGGAUGGAUGUUGAGGCUGAUGAGAGUUUGAUUGGUGACCUCAACAACAACGAUAACAACGUUAACGCCACUGGAAUGGAGGAGGAACAGAAGCAUACGUGCUACCAGUGCAGCCUGUGUCCCUACAUGUCGGCCACGCUGGCCCUCCUCAAGGAGCACCUGAAGCAGCACAACAAGCAGAACCAGGACCUCAUCCUCAUGUGUUCAGAGUGCCGCUUCAGCUCCCGAGACCAGGUCCAGCUGGAGGAGCACGUCAGGAUGCACCUGGACAGCUCGGACGGCAAGGACUCGCCUGCGUGGGAUCCUCUCGGUGAGGACGGCGGCCUGGUUGGGUCGGAAAGCGACGCAUGCUCCCCUGAGCAGCAGCAGCAGCAGAAGAAGUGGUACAGCUACGAGGAGUACGGCCUGUACCGUUGCCUGAUCUGCAGCUAUGUGUGCAGCCAGCAGCGCAUGCUCAAGACGCACGCCUGGAAGCAUGCCGGCCUCCUCGACUGCUCCUACCCCGUCUUUGAGGAGGAAGAAGAGACUCCCGCCAAGCGUGAGUCGGCGGCCGUCAACAACACAGCACCCCAGAAGCAGGUGGUCCUCCUUUCACCGGCUGUCCAGGAAAAGAUCCUGCAGAAGCUCCCGACGGCCUUCAAGCUGCAGCUGUGCGUGCCUCUUCCAGCUGGCAGCAAACAGGACGCUCUAAGUCCGCCUAGCGCCACCAAAGACGAGCAUAUCCACUACCCUGCGAAGGAUCUGACCCGUGGCGAGCCCAUGAUGGAGGUGCAUGUGACCACUGAGGCAGAGACUGAAGAGGAACUGUCCUCGGUGGCGGACAGCCUGCUGUCAUCAGCACAGAAGAUCAUCAACAACGAUCCCAAUAGCGUCGGACACAUGAACGUCAUCGUGGAGCGUCUGCCCUCAGCCGAGGAUUCUGUUAUGGCCGCCAAUCCGCUGCUGCUCGGCCCCGAUGUGGAAGGCCAGAGCUUACUGGAUGUGCCCACGGAGGAACAAGAAAACCAGGGCGCUCAUGGAGAGGAGGAGCUAGGCACUGACAUCACACCCUCCCUGGUUAGAAGUAGUGACUCACCGCGGGAUGAAAACGUACCUCCGGCCGGCCGCAAGAGGACCCACUCGGAGUCGCUCCGUCUUCACUCGUUGGCCGCCGAGGUCCUGAUCGCCAUGCCGAUGAGGACCGCUGUCUCCACGAGCCAGAAAGCGGUGGAGGCGACCACGGGAGGACUCAAGCCGUCAGAGGAAGAGACCCCAGCAACCCUGCUGGACACGGACCUUCACAGCAAGGUCAAGGACACGGGACUCGGGGAUGGCGACGGGGAAGGUCCUGCCGCUAAGGCCGGCAUCAGCUCGUCUUUGCUCACCGUCAUCGAAAGACUGCGGGAGCGCUCCGACCAGAACGCCUCCGAUGAGGACAUCUUGAAGGAGCUUCAGGAUAACGCCCAGGUCCACACCGGCGCCAUGCUGACCGCCAACGGAGCCCAGAGUUUUGUCUGCAGCGUGGCGGACGCACUGACGGCGCCGGGCGAUGGAGGGCUGGUGGACUACAUCCCCGGUAGCGAGAGGCCAUACCGCUGCCGCCUGUGCCGCUACAGCAGCGGCAACAAGGGCUACAUCAAGCAGCACCUGCGCGUGCACCGCCAGCGCCAACCCUACCAGUGUCCCAUCUGCGAGCACAUCGCCUCGGACAGCAAGGACCUGGAGAGUCACAUGAUCCACCACUGCAAGACCAGGAUGUACCAGUGCCAGCAGUGCCAGGACGCCUUCCACUACAAGAGCCAGUUGAGAAGCCACGAGCGGGAGCACCACAGCAACGUCUGCGACACAACGGCGCUCACGGCCGUCGCCGAAACAGCCACCGUUGCAGAAGAAUGUGAGCGGGAGGCAGACGAAGAAUGUGCUUCUCAGAAGACCUUCAAGUGUGACGCAUGCGACUACACCAGCACCACCUACGUGGGCGUGCGGAACCACCGGCGCAUCCACAACUCAGACAAACCUUACAGGUGCUGCAGCUGCAACUUUGCCACCACCAACAUGAACAACCUGAAGAGCCACAUGAGGAGACACCCUCAGGAGCAGCAGGCCGUGCAGCUGCUGGAGCAGUACAGGUGCUCGCUGUGCGGCUACGUGUGCAGCCACCCGCCCUCCCUCAAGUCGCACAUGUGGAAGCACGCCGGAGACCAGAACUACAACUACGAGCAGGUCAACAAGGCCAUCAACGAGGCCAUCUCACAGAGCAGCCGGGCGCCUGUCAAAGUGUCUGCAGUGCAGGAGUCCAUGACUGUGGCCUCACAGGAGGCGGACACCGCCGACUCCCAGAAACUGCAAAGAAAGGAGCCGGUGCAGGUGCAGGUGCAGCCCCGCCCCGGCAUGGAAUACUGCGUUCUUCUCUUCUGCUGCUGCAUCUGCGGCUUCGAGUCCACCAGCAAGGAACGUCUGCUGGAGCACAUGAAGGAGCACGAGGGCGACCUGAUCAACAUCAUCCUGAGCAAGGAGCAGCAAGCGGAAGCACAAGCGCCCCCGCCCCCGUAAACAACUCAGGUCUUUCUCCCGCUCGUUUACCUCAAACCACACGGAAGCCGGUCUGCUCUCUUGCCAAGAUGUCAUGUCGGUCACGGUCCGGCUACGUAGUGCUCGUGAACGUCCAUCAAUCAACAUGAUAGGAAUGUGCUACAAUACCUCCGCCAAGGCAGCACCUUCAUCAAUUUUUUAUUAUUGAGAGUUACAUUCCCUUUCCUGCAGUCUUCACAGCAACAUCUUCUCAGUACAUCUACUGCACUAUGUCAUGCCCAGUGGCGUACAUGGUGGACGUUUCCAACCACUCGUUUCAUGUUCUUUUGCCUCAGCCUGCUAGCUAAUAGAACAAGUUCCUUGGCGGAGGUAACAAGCUGUUUCCUCUGAUCCAAGUUCAUACCUCAACCAACCAACCAACCAGCCCUCAUCCACCAAAAUGUCACCGGUGCAAGGCAGCUCUUUUCUAACAGCUACUGUAAUAUUUAAUGUAUUUAAUGAUGCCUUUAUCUAUUUAUCCCUUUCUUUGUACGCACGCCACCUUCACUCUAAAGUGGAUUAUUAUUAUUAUUAUUAUUAUUAUUCUGUGUUUGUUUGUAGGAGUCAUGUUGGACUCAUCUUAGAGGAGCAGAGGAAAGGGAUGCCAACUGAGGGAACUCAUGUUUUAUUCCGUGGUCAUUUCCUAGAACGAUGCCUAAGCAGGAACAUGGAGACUAGCGUGUCAAGUUCAUUUCUUUGAUUUCAUUUUUUAUAGCCCCAACAUGUACGUUCUAUUUUUAUAUCUCAUCUUGUUGCUGGGUCUUUUUAAAAGACGCUUUCUAGCGUAAAACACCGACGUGACAAUAAAAUGUUUAAAGUCGCACUAAAGGUGUCUUAUUGUUUUACGCAUGCUAGAAAACUACAUCUGUGUUUUUUC